GUGCAUCUUCCUGUUACGGGGGGGGUUAGGGAGCACCUCGCGGAUUUUCUCCCCUUCCUGGGGAACAAUGAUUUGCAUCCUCUCUAAUUUUUCGCGCCUGGAGACUCCGCCAUGGAACACCCGCUGGGCCUGUCACUGCUACAUACCUCGGCGAUGAGCGGCUUCGCCAUCAAAUUACAGCGUCAGGCCGUGAAGGGGGUCGAAGCAGAGAUAAUGCGGCAUUUGGAAUCCGUUGCGGUUGCGCAGUCGUUGCGGUGGGUCACUGUCGCAGAGGUUCUUCGAGGAGUCGCAACCCCCCACGCAGCCCAUGGCUACAGCGAGGACGAGCUGGCGACCGUCGCGGAG